CAUCAUUUAAGUAUCUGAUGUCAGGUGCUUUAAAUCAUGUAAGAGAAAGAAAAGCCGCUCAUGUCCUAUAAAAGGGAGUGUGCAGAACCACAAACUGAAAGGAAAGGAUUGAAGGGGAAACAUUUAAAUUAGUAUAAAGGAUCAAGUUAAUUUUUUCUUUUGGAGUCACUCUGUCCAGAGCCACAGAAGCAAAGCAAUGGGAUCAAGUGAGUCUAAAGCUCCUCCCAAAUGUUCUGAGGAGCCCCGAACGGUGUCACCUCCUCCACCACUCUUAGAGCAGCCAUGGAGGGAGGUGUCAGAGAAGUACAAGGAAAAUCUUGAGUUUGUGAAAUCUUACCAGCCUGAAAACGAGCAGGUCAAACAACUCAGGAUUCUGCUUUAUGGACAAAUUGGUGCUGGAAAGUCGAGCUUCAUCAACUCUGUCGACAGCGUUUUAAAAGGCAGACCUGCUGGUCGAGCUCAGACAGAUGCAAUCUCUGGGAAAAGCUUCACCAGACAGUACAAGACCUUCAAAUUUCGCAAAGGUCCAGGGGUCACUUACUCUUUUGUUUUCAAUGACAUCAUGGGCCUUGAGCAAGGAUCUGACACUGGAGUCUGUGAAGGAGACCUCAAACUGGCCCUGAGAGGACACGUGUCAGAAGGAUACAAGUUUGACCCUGACCAAGAACUAAAGGAGGGUGAUUAUGGCUACAACUCCGAUCCCACUUUGGAAGACAAAGUUCACGUUCUGGUGGGUGUUGUUGCUGCGGACGCAAUGUCUAUGUUAAGUGCUGAGAUGGUGAAGAAGAUAAGAGAUGUCAGACUGGCAGCCAGUGCACUGAAUAUUCCCCAAAUGGUUAUUAUCACCAAAGUUGAUAACGCCUGUCCCGAGGUUAAAAAGGAGACAUGCGAUAUCUAUAGGAGCAAGUACCUGAAGGAAAAGGUUGAACAAUUCCACCAGCAGGUGGGCAUUCCAGAGAACUGCAUCUUUCUUCUGAAGAACUACAGUCAUGAAACUGAGUCAAAUGACCAAGUGAACGCUGCGAUAGUGUGCGCACUCAAACAGAUGCUUCACUACGGAGACGACUACCUCAACGACCUGGAAACAUGAAUACCCCUGAGGCAAAUACACAGUAGGCCAUUUGUCGGGGAAUGAGGAAAUAUUCAUCCAAUUUUUACUGUCUUUGUGAAGCAAGCAAGCUUGAAUCAUGAAAUAUGGAAUAAAAAUGCACAAAAAUUAA